GGCCGGGCCGGGCCGGCCGGGCGGAGGCACCAUGCAGGCGCGGCGCUUGGCCAAGCGCUCCAGCAUGGGCAGCCGGCGGCUGAGCGCGGCCGCGCCGCAGGUGGACGCGGUCCGGCCCCCCAAGCCCGAGAGCGCCUGGAGGCCGCCCCGGCGGGAAGGCUCCGCUGCGGCGCUGGAGGAAGAGGACGAAGACGAGGACGUGGUGGUUGAGGUGGAGGAGGAAGAGGAGGAGGAGGAGGGCGGCCUGGGGAGCGCCCCCCCGGCGCUGGCCGGCCACGGCAAGGGCCCCCUCCGGGGGAGCCUUAAGGCAGCCAACAUCAAGCGUGAAAUGACCUUCCAUGCAUUUCAACAGGAGGAUGUAAAAAGUGACAUCAGUCGAAAACUGCCCGACCAACAGUUUCUCCUGUUCACCACAAAGGAGGAAGAUUUAAAAACAGCAGAGACCAAAAAACUUAACAGAGCUCAUGAGCAUGAAAAGGAAAACACUCGUUCUGUUUGUCUUCUGGAACAGAAGCGCAAGGUUGUUUCUUCAAAUAUUGAUGUGCCUCCAGCAAGGAAAUCUUCGGAAGAAGUGGACAUGGAUAAAGUAACAGCAGCCAUGGUACUCACCAGUUUAUCCACCAGCCCUUUGGUCCGCAGCCCUCCUGUCCGACCCAACGAAUCCCUGAAUGGAUCUUGGAAAGAAGGAGGAUUUGUGCCUUCUAGUACCAGCAGCAGUGGAUACUGGAGCUGGAACGCUCCCAGUGACCAGUCCAACCCAUCCACCCCAUCUCCACCUCUGUCAGCUGAUAGCUUCAAAGCUUUUCGGACACCUUCCCAGCCAGAUGAUGGUAUUGAUGAAGGUGAAACAAGCAACCUUCUCUUCGAUGAACCCAUUCCUAGGAAGAGAAAGAACUCCAUGAAGGUGAUGUUCAAAUGCCUGUGGAAGAACUGUGGGAAGGUACUGAGCACAGCUGCAGGGAUUCAGAAACACAUACGGACCAUUCACCUUGGACGUGUAGGAGAGUCUGACUACAGUGAUGGAGAGGAGGAUUUUUACUAUACAGAAAUCAGGCUCAACACGGACUCAGUAGCUGAUGGCUUAAGCAGUCUUUCCCCAGUAUCUCCAUCUUUAGCAUCUCCUCCUUCCUUUUCCACCCAAGACGCAAUCCGUCCUGAAACUUCCUGUGCCAAAAGCGAGACUAAAGUGAUGACACCUCUGAGCCGCUCAGCUCCUACCAACCUCUACCUCGUACACACGGACCAUGCUUACCAGGCCACUCCUCCGGUGAACAUUCCAGGGUCAGCAAAAUUCACUCCCAAUGGCAGUAGCUUUAGCAUCUCUUGGCAGUCACCUCCAGUUACCUUCACCGGCAUUCCAGUCUCACCAACCCAUAAUCGUCCUGCAGGGAGUGGAGAGCAGAAACAGUCCCACACAGUUCUUUCAUCACCGCCUAGAGUAGCAUUUGGCUUGAGGAAGCCUAGAGGGGAGGGGAAAAAGUGUCGGAAGGUCUAUGGGAUGGAGAACAGAGAUAUGUGGUGCACUGCCUGCCGAUGGAAGAAGGCCUGCCAAAGGUUCAUCGACUAAUGAUUGAAAUUAUACAGAGGAUUUGGGGAGGGGGAGGACAACAGCAGAAGCAGAUUGCUGCAGCUGCACUGUAUCACUUCCCAUUUUCCCCUCCAGUGAUGUGGUGUUGGGGGUUUUGGUUUUUUGGGGUUUUUUUCAUUUGUUUGUUUGUUUUGGGAUUUUUUGUUUUUUUUAAGAGCUUUGUAUUUCAAAAUGAAGCACUUGUAGCCAAGGAGAAGCACUAAUUAAAACCUGUGUGGAGCAAUAGAGAAAAAAAAAAAGCAAAACCAAGACCACACAACAAAAUCUGUCUCAGUAAGUGUGGAAACCAGAGCAGCUAUUAGUGUUCUUCUGUAAAAGAAAGGAAAAUGUUAAUUAUUUUGCUAACUCUGUGAGCUGCUUGCUCCCUAGGAUCAUUUUUAACCAUUUCAGUCUUUCUGCUGUGAACGUCUGUAUUUGCUAAACUGAACAAUUUUUCUUUUCCUGAAACAAAGAUCUCUUUUUGAAAGCUUUCUAAUAAACACUUCAGAGUCAUAUAAGCUACAGUUUUCUCAACAAAAGCUGUACUAAGACUGGAGACUGCUAAAUAAUUCGCCUGAUACAAAUGAUCGUGAUUAUAUUUUUGAAAAGGGUAUGUGGGGAAGAGUUGGGAUUUUCAUUCGAUUGUUUAUAGGAGAAAAGCAAAGCUGAUUUUGCAAGAAGGACAAGCAGCACUCCUGGAAGUUUUUUAAAAGAGGCACAGACCAGUGGAGUGGAACAAAGUAAUUUAAGUACCAAAUUGGAUUUUGAUCCUCUAGAGGAAGAAAAGCAGCAAUGGCAAGUCACCAGCAGAUACUGUCACGAGAAGUCUGAGGGAAGAAAUACGAUGAUGCUUGAUUGAAACCCACAAGGAUAUAAGGGGGCUCCAGUAGCUUUUCUUACUACUCUCCCCUUUCUGGGGGGGGUGAACAGUUGGACCAGCACAGCUGUUGCUGCAGGAGGCCUGUGAAGAACUGGUAAAUGCAGCCACUAGGAUUAUAUGUAAUACCUAAUUCAGGGAAACGAUCCAGCCCAGCAGUUCUGCUUUUGCUUCCUUUUCUCUUAUUUCAGAGAUUGUUGUUAAGAUAAGGGUUCGUUCAGCUUUUUCUUUUAAAGUUACUAGGAUUUAUUUGAUGCAAAAAAAUUGAUAGAGAAAAGAAAAUACCCUCUUUCCACAACAUCAUCUCAGAAAAAGAAGUACAACAGCAAAGGAGCAACAUUUUUGUGGUAAAAGACCAUUUCUUAACUCAUUUUCAUAGAUGAAUUAAUGAGUUUCUGUAUUUGCAGUACUUGGAUUGAUUUGGGUAUUUCAGUUUCUCUGUCCAUUAGGAAGUAUACACUGGAAUGCUGCAACCUGGUGUUCUGUGUCCACUUGUAUCAAAUUACUGUUAAUCAAUGAUUAUUUCAAUGCAAAAAUAAAGGAAGGAUUUACUAGGAAGUGAAUGUAUAUGGCGAAAUAAUACUUGCCUGUUAAAGAAAACAAGACAUCUUAAAAAAUCAAAGACACAGAAGCAAAACUUUGCCUAUUAAUAGAGCCUGAAGGGCCACAAAUGCCUGGGUUAUUUUUUUUUUUAAUAAUAUUUGAACCAAUUGAAAUUAGACCAAAUAUUUUUCUUUUUUUUUUUUUUAAUUGUCUAAGCUGGCUCAUUCUCAUAAGAGGACUUUUAAGUAUCUAAACAACUUUCUAAAAUCUGGUCCAAAGUUCACUUGAUAGCUUUAUUAAGUGUGCAGCACUGCUUGUGUCUGUGUAAAAGCACAAAAUAACAAUGCAGCUGUUUGGAAUAUACACUGUGGAUUCCAUAGGGUAGCAGUGAAAAGAAGAAUCUAUAAUAGGAGCUACUGAAGGUUAUCAUCUGAUUUUCUGGGAACAAGUUAAUUGGGCAAUCAGGUGCCUAAUUUGAGCAUGCUAUUUCUGAAGUUAUUUACAAAUUGUGUAAUUUACAUGCACAAGUGGCAAGAUACACUUGCAUGCAUGCAAUUACUUGAUUUUUUUGCCCAAUUGUGUUCUCUAAGUCACCAAAAAAAAAAAUAAGAAAAACAGACUCUGAAAUCCAGUAAGACCCUGAGAUGUAUACACAUAUGAAUGUGUAUGAGUAUUUUUGUAUGUGUGUGUGUAUACACAUGUAAAACUAUAUAUAUUAUAUAGUUUUAUAUGUGUAUAUAAAACUGAAAUUAACAGGAAGAGAAAGAUUGUUUUCUUUACAAAUAGAAAAAAGGCACUAAGGGUCAGUGGGUAUACAUAGACACUGUAUUAUCUUCUUUUCUCUUAGUAAAACAUGGAUUUUCUUUACAUGUUGUAUUUUUUCAAUUUCCAUGGUUAAAUACCUCAUAGUAAUUCACAGACAUUUCAUCUUCAAACACUGGGCUUGUUGAUGGUGUACUUACUUUGAUAAAACUUAAAAAAUUUGGGACUUCCCCAAGAUAUUCCUGCCAAUUUGUUCCCAUUUGCCUCCCAUUUUAAAGGCACUCCAAGACUAUAAAGCGUUCCGUAAUUCGACUGUUGUUGAGCUAACAGUAUUUGCCUAUAUAUUUGUUGUUCACCUCCUUUUUGCUUUGGAGGAUUUUUUUGAAAAUAAUGUAUCAGAUUGUAUAUUGUUUCUAUAAUGUCACAGCAUUGUGAGCGACUUUCUCGAGGGCACUUUAGGAAUUAUUGUAAUAAGAUUAUUCUUUAUAAAUUUCUGCACAGAAGAAUGGUUUUGUUGCCAGACCAGAUUGCCCUCUGGUACAAAUUGAAUAUGGAUUAUAUAAAGGACUAAAGCCACAAACCAUCAAAGCUGGAGAGAACGUUGGUGUUAACGAGCCAGAAGGUAUUGAUAAAUCCUGCAGGACAAAGCUAAAUUACCGAUAUUUUUACUCAACCUUUAAUCAGUGGUUUAUAUUAAAUCAGUUUUGGAUCUUACAGCUGUGGCAUUUUGAUUCAUAAGUAGGCACCUGUCGAGGUACCGUGUCGGAGGCAAGGCCGGCGAUAGCACGACAGCCCGGCGUGCACAGAGCGCUCUGCAGUCACUUUGUGCUGUGAGCUCCAGUUAACUCAUGUUGCACGAGCAGUUCAGCUCCUGCCGAGAUCCCCUUUGUGAUCCUCACCCAGCCAGCAGGAACGGAAAUGUCAGCUAAGCCUUCCUUCUGCUGGCAGUACUGAUCAUAAUCUGGAGUAAUCACUUCCAUUUUUCAGUCUCUCGCUUCUGUUUUGCUUUGGGCUGUGUUGCUGUCCUCGUAACACCUGAUUUCUCUCACACUUCUGCACUGACCAGUCCAGAACAGUCAGAUUUCUUUGUUCUCUUGAGGAGGGGCUAGCCUGAGUACUGUGGUCAUUUAUUCUCAUCACUUCAUGCCAGCUCCAGUUUUUGGUUUCUCUGUGGGAGGUAGGUCAUUGUCUCUGACGCCCCAGAGAUGUCAGAAGGAAUGUCUUGAACACAUCAUGCAGUGUCUGUGUGCUACAGGGAAUUGGAUGGAUCUAUGUCAAGAAUCAGAACUUGAUAUAAAAAUUUAAGGAUCUGUUUAUUGUUCAUAUUUUUGACAUUGGUAACAGAAAUGCCAGCAUCAGUAUCAGAGUGGAGAUCAACCAUACUCAUUCCAAGUAUUUUUCUUUAGGAGUUUCAAUGUUAAAACAAAGCUAUUUCCCAAUUACCUGUUCCCCAAAAGAUCUGGAAAAUGAGUUAAUUUUAGAAGUGGGAAAUUUUAAUGGCAGUUUUUAAUACUGACUGUGCUCCAGCUGCUCCUCUAUGAAGAUAUGGAACAUUAAAACUCAGAUCAUCUUAGUCAUAAAAGGGUUUCCACACAAAACAAUGUGCCUGAUUCUCUAGUGCCUUGCACAAACGCAACAGGAUAUACAAGAUGCAAAGUGAGUAAAACUUCUGUUCUAGGUUGCAAGUUUACACUUUCAACCAAUACCAGUCUUCACCUAGCACGUACCUGUUGGCAGGUCAGCCCUGCUUGUGUGAGUAAGCUGAGCAGAAUGCCUCUCUGUCAGAUUACUUUUCCCAUAUCCUUAGCCUGGUAUGAAUGUUAGCUCUCUAAUUAUCUAAAAGUUCCUUGUAGUCAAUGGCUAUCUCUAUUCCUUGUCCCUUUUGUUUUUCACAAUAAUGACUCGAUAAGCAGCACAACAGCAGGUAAAGCUUUAGCCAAAAGCUCUUGUAGAACCUGCACGAGAGAUUCCAGCACUAUGCAAUGUCCCAGAUGUUCCUGGCACUAAUUUCAUUUUGUCAUUCAUUCUGAUCCAGUACAUUGGGGUGGUUCUCUAUUGCUUGCUGUGGUCUGGGACCAGCUAAAAUGGCCCUGUUGAGAAUCCAGGACAAUUACUGUAAGUGUUGCACUGCAAAGUGAUUUCUUUCUUCUCCUGCCUGUAAAUGUGUUGGAACAUGAUCUUAGAAGCAGGACAUGGAAUUAGAGGCUUGCUAGCCAUUUGCAGAGAUGUUGGAGGUUGCCAGUGAGGCCUCCUUCUAUUGGUUCAAAGUUAGAGGCAUCUGCUGGAGAAAGUUGUGCUGCGCCUUUUCUUAGAAAUAAUUUGAUACAGAAACAUUUGUAAAGCUUCAUCUUGUUCUUAUAUUUAUAUUUUAUUCAAUCUUCCUGUGAGGUGGUAGCACUGGAACUGAGAGCAGUAUGGAGUUUGGGCUUUAAUCUGCAUUUGUCAGGUUUUUCUAGUACAUAGCUAGGCAGGUGUAAGGUAUCGUAGUGUAGAUUUUAUUCAGCAGAAUUUUAUGGCACCUUUGGAAAGUACCUGGAAGGAAGCCACGGACAGAAAUCAAGCUGAGCAUUUAAAUACACUGUCUGUCUGCUGGAUGGGAGCAACCUUUCUUUGCAUCCAUAUGGAGCUGGAAAAUCUUAACAGCCAAUGUACACCUACACUUGAGAGUGCCCACUUGAACUGCUCUUUCCAUCUUGGACUACAGUGCUUUCACACUGACCAUGCUCUCAGUUCUAUCCAAAUGUGGGAUUUAAGGAGAUGGGUGUCUCCACUUGCAACUUUUUGAGCUUAUUCCUCAAUACAGAAAGCACCCAUCAUGUUCUUUGUGCUUCACACAGACCAUUUGUAAAAGCAAUGCAGAAAGACUCUGGGAACAGGGAAAUCAACCUGUUUCUGAUGGCAGCAGCCAGAAGAAAGUACAGGUUGCUCUGGUGUUUCCUCACAUUCACAGCAAGAAUUUUUUCAGCGGAUGAAACAGAAGAGAAUAGAUAAAUUUAGUAACAAGCUGGUGUUCUGCUGGUUUUUGACACAUCUUGACACCUAGAAUUUUCUCCUUAUGUAUUUGAAUCUGAAUGUGAGAUCUCUCAUAUACCCUUGAGGGAAAUAAAUUUAGCAAUAUAUAAAUGCUCUUUCAGCAUUAAAUCUGAAUUCUUUAUGGAAUUAAAAUCUAAAGAUGAACUUGAACAUUCUAAAAUGUUUGAGUGUUGGUAUUAACUGCUUGCCAAUCCUCUUAAAGAUUCAGGUUUGAUUCUAAAGUCCUUAUACAUAGUAUGUGAUACCCAGCAUCAAUUAAUAUAUGAUGUUUAAUGGCAGUGGCCAGAUAAACAAAAGUUACUGAAAUGUUUGUAAAAAGCUGUCUCUGGAAGACAGGAAAAAAGAAAACAGUUGAAACAGAUUUCCUCAGGGAACGUGAGAGGGCUGUAAAGGCAGGAUGCGAGUUUGUUUGAAUGGAAGAUGUCUAAGAGAAUGAUUUUUUUUCUAUUUUAGGCAAAAUAAAAAAAGCAAUAUGUCACUACUUGAAUUAUUAAAAUUAGAAUGAAGCACUAAUUGAUGAACAUGAUCUUACUAAUGCUGUAGCUUAGGAAGUUCCAAAUACAAAAAAAAAAACCAUAAAAAUACAGAAAAUUAUCUUAAAACAUAACCUAAUUUUAAUGUAAAUCUAUAAAUUUGUGUAAAUCUUUUCAGGAUCUAGUGUAAAUAUAAGGGCUUCUUGUCUACAAAGUUGCUUGGUUAAAACAUGCUUUGUCUGUAAUUGAAUUAUUUCUUACCAAAUGACUUCAGCAAGCAAAAAAGCAGUAUGUCAGCAUGAUAUCCUGGAGAGUUGUGUACUGCACUUUGCAAAGGGCUAGUUCUACGUGAAAUUAAAAGAAAACAUGUCAUCACAUAUUUUUUUUGUCAUAUCUGCAGAGGUAUCAGCUUCAGUAAACCCAAGGUUUUGAAUUGGGCUGUCUAGGAUUUUGAAAUUCCACAAGUUUUGCAAAUUCUCAAUUUUGCUUUAUUUUUAUACAGAAAAAUCCUAUUCGAUCCAUAAUAAGCUUUUCCUAACAAUUCUUUCUCCUGUGUCCAGGCACUCUGUUUUGCAACUACCCAAAUGUGUAUAAUGAAGUGAAUAAAAAUCAGCAUCCUCAGUAUUAGGAACUGCAAAUGUAAAUAGCAUUUACAUGGUAUCAGAAUUUUCAGUAUCAGUUUUUGACUGUAGUAAUUAAUUCUUAAAGUGAUGUCAACAAAUCUUUCAGGGAAGGGGAGCACAUAGUCUGUGAAUUACAAAUUACAGCUGCAGAGACAUAGAGCUGCUGGUAUUACAAGAAUAAAAUGUAGGCUUAGGUUCAUCAGAGCACUCGAGCAUGUGUUUACCUCCACUUGUGGAGUUUGUUGAUGAGACUCCUUCUGCUCCUCAGGUUUGGCACACAUUUUUGAGCUCUUCUGAAAUCAGGCCUUGGCAAGAGCAGAUACUCCUAUAGCUUUGUCUGAAAUAUGCACUUUGUGGGACAAUCUACCUUUUCCUGGAUUUAUGCAAUUUAUCUUGUGUUUGGAGGACCAGACAAAUUUACAGAAUUUUUUUAUUAGGGUUUUUUGCAUUGCAGAAGGGAAGGUGAGAAAGAGACAAGUUCAGCUGUACAUUUCACCCUGUGAAAGCAUUGGUUAAGUUUGUAAAAGGUGUGUAUUUGACAUCAAGCUCAAAGAAAUCUACUUGAGCUCACUGAAAAAAAAAAUAAAACAUGAUACACAGGUCACAUUAAAUAAAUUUCUCUUGUUCCAUCUGUAUUUCCUGUACACUCAAUAUUCCUCCAGGCAACUGGAGGCAUAGGAGCUCUGAGUAUGCAAGGAAAUAAAUGAGUUUACCUAAAAACUUUAGGAAUACUAUGUUUUUAAGCCACAAAUGAUGUUGCCUAUGUGUAAUUUUUAGUGUUAGAAGAAAAUAGACAGUAGCCUUAUUAACCAGGUGCAAUACUUACAAAGGGCUAAAUUAGGGAAACAAGUGAUGUGUGUUUGUACAUCACUGCAAGCAUGCACUCUUUGAAAAUGGACUUUUAUAGCACUGGGAUCUUAAUACCUCUCUGAAAUUAUAAUGUUGGUAUAAUUUUAUAACUGCUUAUUAUACGUCAUGAAACAGGAUUUGGGAAUUCCUAAGAACCAAAAGGAGGAGGGAGAAAUUGUAAAUCACAUAGACUAAUAGUAUGCUAUUUUCCAUGACAAAAGUAAACUUAAAACACCUUUACAAAGCCAUACAAAUUCUGGAUUAUUGAAAGAAAAAAAAAUAUACUUCCCUUGGUUACAGAGAUAGUUUAGUCUGAAAUUUCCCUUGAUUUGUGUCUUGCAUUUUCUCAAAGUUUUGGGGUUUUUUUGUAUUCUGAUGGUGAAAACAUCCCUAAAUUACCAGCAUUUGGCUUGAAUGGUAUCAUUUUGAAAAAACUUUUAAAAUUGAGUUCUUCGUGAUACUGUACAGUCUGAAUGAGAUCAUGCAACAUGAUCUGCUCCAGCUUAAGUAGAGAGUUCACACAAGCAGAAGAUUACAGGAAAAGAUUGCAUUGAGCAUUCAUUGUUCAGUCAUGAGAAAGAUCUGAACAAAGAGACUAAAAUCUUCGCUCACAUAUUUCUUCUCUCCAUCUGCAUUGCAGGGUUGGUGGAAAACAGGCUGCCACAUACAGUGUAUCUGGCUAUCUCACCCUUGUUUGGGGAUUUUUUUUGCUGAUAAAUAAUGAAAUACAGAUCAUCUUCCCAUCUCUCUUGCUGUUUUCGUCUUGUUCUGCGAGUCCAGAAUUAACUGAAAGACAUAAUAAUCUGAUCUGAUGAACAGAGACUGUUUGGUUCUUUCCCUGUUUGACAGACUUGUAACAAAGGGCCAAAGUACAAAUGCAGAGACAUUAGUCAAAAGGGGCUUGAGCCUGUCAGAGAAGACCUGAAAAAAAUUGCUCAGAAUUGGAUCCCAGUAGGAGGAAACUAGUCUUAAGCAGUCAAUUACAGAAGUUCUGUGGUUGAAUUUUGGUGUUUUGGGGUUUUUUUUUGUGAAUUACACAUCUGGUAAAAAGUCGUAUUACACAGUUAAGAGCAGAAUGCAGAUCACACUGUAACAUGCAGAGCCCUCACAGCAGUACAGGUUUUCUCAGGAAAGUUCAGUUACUCCCAUGAAUAACUUCACUGACCAGGGCUGUUCUCACGGGUCAUGGCUGUAGAACAAAGGCACGUGGGUUUUCCUCUGUGUAUUUUCUACUAGGAUUGGGAGUGUGAAAUUGUGAAUCUCCCUUUCUGAGGGCUUGAGAAUUGUGCAUUCAGCUUUGUGAGAGGGAUGGAUACAGCGGAUACCUCUGCACAUGUGCAGGGCUCUUGGAAGAGUUUCUAGUCAUACCAAAGUGGCAGCACUCUGGAUGUGUUACCUGGUGACAGAUUGAAGAGCUGUUAGGCUGGUGGUAUUCAGCCUGUAAUCUAUCCUACUGAUCCCAGUCCCAGGGAGAAGAAGGGGGUUUCCCAGUAUGGGAUCCAGGAUAGCCAGCCCUUUGUGAAAGGAGUCCACACCACCAGAGUCCCUGUGCUGUUGGCUCAAGUGUUGCCUUUGCUGUGUCCAGCUUGAGGGAGGUUGGUUAUCCAGAUGCAUUCAUGACGUGUUCAUAGUACAGAACACUCUUUUGAAGAGAAAGAAUCUCUUUUUCAGCUAUUAAAAUAAAACUGUGGGAUAGCUUUUAAGUUACAGAAAGUUGCUGAAUGAGUCACAGCAUUGUCAGACAUGGUUGUGUCCCUCCUUCCAGAGCCAUGCUGCAGCUCCCCUGGGGGCUCUCACAGAGCCCUGGAACCUUAACCAAGUUUUUCCCAAACAUUUGCUGGAACCCAGCACUGAGCUCUAAACCAAGUUAGACCCCCAGGUAAAGGAGGCUCUUCCCAGCUCUCUCCCAACUCUUUCCCAACUCUUAGACUAUGUAAGUUAGUACUUCAUCAGUAGACCUUUGUAAAGGGGACAUUGCCCCAUUGCUUGCCUUCGACAGCACCAUCCACUGCUGCAUUUGCAAAGAGCCAGACAUCAUCUUGGUCAGUCAUGGAGUUUGGGGAUAUUAUUUUAGAUUUAGACCUCUGCAUCCUGCGUCAGGCUGCAGUUCCACAGCAGGUUAAGGUGACAUAAGCUUGUGCUGCUGUUGAAAAAGCUCUUCCUACCCUCAGCAGAGACAUUUCUAGAGAGAAGUUUCCUGAGUUAUGCUGGCUUGAGCCAGUCCUGUAAGUUUAGGUCUGUAUAAAAUGCUAUGGCCUGCUGGGUCUGUGCCCCUGCUCUGUCAUGGGACAGGCAUGGUUAUACUGCCUUCUUCCCACUCUUGUCUUCUCUGGAGUCUCAUUAAAGACCUGAACUUGCACAUACCCCACAGCAUUAAACUCAGGAGAGUUCCACCUAGGGCUGGUGGCAUUGAUUUUGAUAUGAAAUUAAAUAUAUGGUGGAAAAGAGAGGAAUUAGAUCAAUAUCUUUAAGUCCAGUGUGUCUUAAGACUGUGUCUUAACUGCACCAUGAUUUUGCUAAGCAGAUAUUGGAGGAGUUAAGGGAUGUGAAGAACAUUACUGGAUCCUGUUCCUCCCUGGAACCAGUCAGGAAUUAUUCACAGUAAUCUCAGGCAAGGUUCAUUAAGGGGCUGGGAAGUCAUGACCUCUGUAAAUCUCUGGGCUACAGAGAACCAGGGUAUACUUCUUACCCAGACAUGGUAUCAACUGGGAAUGAUCCUCAGCUGCUUUGCUAGUGCAGAGUUUUAGCCUCUUUUUACUACCGCUUCAGUUUAAUAGUGAUGGGAAUGCUGGGCAAGAGGUAAAGGGUCAUCAGGUAACUGAAGAAAGAGGAACCAUCAGCAUCAAUUGCACUGUGGGUUUUUUUAACUCUCUGAAACAGCAAGCAUGUUUUCUUGUCACUUGCUGUUCGUGUUGUCUCAUGUAAGAAAAGUAUUUCCACCAUAGAAGGGGGUAAAUUUAGCACAGGGUAAGCAGCUGUAGGAAACUAAAAACCCAACUGCCUAGUUUUUAUGAGUAAGGGAUUUCUAAAACAUUCUUCUUGCCGAAGACUGCAGUAUUUAUAGCCACACAUCCUUUUUUCUUGCUUCAGUCACAAAAGGGAAAUACCUGCCUGCAUACAUUGUUCUUCCUUUGUUUCCUAUCAAAUCUUGUUUCAGAGAGUAUAAAGUAAGUUCAAGUUCUUUUUUAAAAAACAUUUUUUCUAAAUUAUUAUUUUUAGAACCAGAGCAUUUCCUCUUCCACUUCAGUGUAAAAUUACGGAGCUUUAAUUCGCUCUGCAUUGCACUUUAUAUAUUUUUUUUCACUUUUUGGGCCAUGUAUUUUUGAUACACAGAACAAUAAAGGUUUUAUUAAUCUAGUUUUAACUUGAAAUUAACUGUGAAACUAAGAUGUUUUUAUAAAAAAUGCAAAUUCCCUAAAAUACAGUAAAUAAUCUGUUUGGGUCAGAGACAUUUUUUAAUGAUACACUGAGAAAUAUUAUAGCUUCUGAAAUUAUUUAUCAUUUUGUAAAUUCAAUACAUUAAUGGAUAUCAUGCUUUAAAGUGGAAUGUGAAUGAGAAGGACACAAAGUUCACAAAGUUCUAGAUGAUAGAUUUCCUUAUAUGCAAAACCUGCAUUAGUUUAACUGAUAAGGAUUUAAAAAAAUAGCCUAAUCUAGUUUAAAGAAGUGUGAAACUUAAAUAGGCACGUUUAAAAUGCCAAGAGCUCAUAGAAAUUUGGAAAUGAGUUUUAAGUUAAGCACCCAGGAGCCAUUUCUCCCCAUGCUGUGCAGUGGGCGGCCUGUGAAGCCCCUGGGCUCUGCAGGCGGUGAACUCAUGCUGGCACAAGGCAGCAGCAGAAGCCGUAGGAGAGUUCAGAUUUUCCUGCUUUAAACAGCUGCUCUCACAACUUGCAGGGCCACUGCCGGGUUGGCAGUAGUAUUUCCAUUUGGUUUUUCCUGACAUCAUCCCCACUAGUUUUGGGAACUAGUGUCCUAAAGACAAUCCUUUUGUUCCUAAGUGAAUUAAUGAACUCAUCUUCCCUCUGGUUUUGGUGUUAAGCUUGCAGCACUCACACUAUUGCACAUAGUUUGUCUUAAUUUGUAGAUGCCAGUUUCAGCAUUUUAAACAACAGCUACUCUGCCCCAGCAAAGAAUCCUUUUAAAUCUUAUGGAGCAUGCUGAAAAAUAAAGACCUUUUUGACUUUUACUUUGUCCAAACUCUUUAUUCCAAAUCACACAAAAUGGGGAAAACAAGGCACGUGGCAGUGAAGAGGGGAGAGAGAGACAGCGAUGCUCAUUUCCUUCCCAGGGUGAAUCACUCCUGGGCUCCCCUCUCCCAGGCUGAGCGUGUGUGCGCAUGGACCAUGCACAGCUUGGAAGUCAUGUAAAAUCCAUCCUUGUAACAGCUCUUAGUUGGCCACCUCCCAGAGACCCCAGCUCCUUUUCAGAGGCUUCCAGACAUUCUGCUCAUUUCUACAUCCAUAGGUAAAAGUAAAAGCUGCCUGCUGCUCCAAUAGCCUGGGUAUAGUUUCCCCUUGGACUGCAAAUGUAUCACCUUGCCAUUUUUAAUCAAGCUGCAGUUCUUCCUGCAAAAGAUGGGCAUGAUCUAGGUAUUUGUAUGUGCUGCAAAGCUGUUGUGUCCUUCCAGGGACCGCCGGGAGUGCCUGGAGCGAGGCAAGCACACUGCCAGUGGUGUGCAAGCCUUGUGCAUUCUGUGCUCCGGGGGCAGCCUAUGGGCUGGCACAGCACAUUUAGAUAAGGGGCUUCCACUAACAGUGACUUAGACAUAGCAAAAAAAUGUUUCUUGUAAGAAGCAGGUGCUUUUCUCAUUCUUACAACAUUAAAAACACACAACAAAAUGCCACCAUACAGACCUCUGUCAAAUUCUCACAGUCUCCUGUAGCACCAGCAGCUGGGAAGAACUCAAGGAUUCAGAGGACCUUGGCCAUAACUCAUCAAAAGGCCUCUGCAGUCCAUUGCCAUUGAAAAUGAUUUAGUGCCGGAUCAAAGCCACCCAGACUUGGGCUCUGCAAAAUUCCUCUGAGAACUUUGCUGUUAUUUCAUAUGAAGUGUUAAAAUCUUUGUCUCAGCACAUGAGUCAAUUCUGCCUGCUGAACCAAGAGUACUUCCAAUGGACUUCAGAUAUCUUAGGAAUCAUUCUCAGUACAAGUCAGGACACUCCAAACAUUUCAGUUGUUUUUCUUGAAUCAAAAACAUUUGCAAAAUUAGCAAUAUGCAUAUUAAUGCCUAAAAGUUGAUAAAAAUAAUUGAGUUAAGGUACUGAGAAGUAUUUGCUUGCACCUGAAACUUUAAAGAAUGACUGCUGAAUUUGUGAUGUGCUAAGCACGAGCUUCUGAGUUUCAUCAACGCAGUAAACCAGCUUUGUACAUAGUAAUUUUAUAAAAAUUUAGAAGGUUUUUUUUUUCUCAAGUUACUCAAGUAGUUCAGGUAAUGAAUAAUUUGUUUCUGAUCAAUGCAUUUUAGAAUGAGCAAAUCUUAUCCUCUUGUGCCUCUAAAAUUCAUUGUUUGUAUGGAAAGAAACCUUUACUACUUUUCCAUUUCCCAGUGAAGGAUCAGUUCACUAAGCCACAGGCAAUGUUUCUUGACUUUAGAUGGCAAAAUAUGCUUAGAUAAUUUUACUCUCUUCCAUGUGAAUCUUUUUUUUAUGAGAUUCUUAGUUUUUUCUAGCCUUCAAAAAUGCCUUUGUGCAAUUUCCAUAGAUACGGUUGAAUAAAAAUUGCAAGAAUCUAAGUCAAAUGCUAAGUAAAAAUCACGUACAUGAAACAAACAUGAAGAUAAAGUCUCAUGAGAAAAGUCAAUCCAUUGCUGAAUUUAUAUUUAUAGAACACAUUGAUUAGCAGAGAGUACUGAUCUUUGUUAAAAUUACAUUUAGAAGCAGAUCACUGUGUUUUAGUGUCACAAGUGACAACAGAGUUUUUCUUCAGGAAAAGUGCAAACGGAAAAAAAAACAUUAAAACAGAUCAUUUAGACCAGGAUUUUCUCAAUUUAGGCUCAUCCUGCCUGUUACAUUACUGUUGUAUGUUCAGGAAUGCUCAGGACAACAGACAUUCCUCACGGGAAGCAGCUAGGUUCCAAAGCGUCAACUAAAUAAAAAGAAAGUGAGCAAACUCAUAGGAUUUUCUUAGUACUAGCUCAGCUGUUGCAAAAAAAAGGACCAAAAACAAAACAGCAAAAAAACACUACUCACUUCUGAACUAGAAUUUCAGCAGUUUAAAAGAACCAUAUUUUGAUCUAGUUCCCACACCUUAGCUAAACCCAGGUUACUGUUGGUUUGCUUGUUUGUCUUUUGGGGUUUUUACUUCUUAACAACCCUCAAAACAGGGUUUUGUCUCUGUCAUUGCUGAGAUGGUUGAAUAGGAAUCUCUUGAAAUCCUAAAACACGUGAUUAGAGAAACAACAUACUUCUAAUGAAAAAACUGCUUUAAAAUUAUCUGAAAAAGGCAAAAAGAAAAGUUAGCUCUGUAGUUGGGAAAUGCCGUUCAGCUACCAUUAACUCCUAGGUUGUGUGUUUAACUGACAUCCUGUAGCUUUGUCAGCUCACGUUUUUGUUAAAAGCAGAUGGUGAUUAAACUACAUAGCAAAGGACCUUCCUUUGGUCUUUGUAAAUGAAUGUAUACAUACAAACUAUGCAUUUUCACACAGCUGCAUACUGUAUCUUGAAUCACUUCAACCUUUCCCCUAGCUUAGAAACCCCCAAACUUAAGGAGCAGAAGGUGUUCCCACCUCCUUUGGCAGAUAUUUGUCUCCUGUCUUGUUUCUGCUCUCCAAAAACCUUAGAUGCAGGACAGAGCAAUGCUGAGCUGCACAGCCCAAGGAGCAGAGGGGCUGGGGGCCUGUCACCGAGUCAAGGACCUGGCAUGCCCUGGGGGACCAGUUUGGGCUCCCAGGCCAGUGUGGCCAAACAGAGGUGCGGUGUCUGUGCUCCCUGAGCCAGAGCUGCUCCAGCCCCAGCACCUCUGCACUCUGGAUCAGCAUCCUGGGCGCUGGGGCGGCCAAGGGGGGCCAGCAGCUGCUCUCACCCGGGCUCAGGAGGAGUUUGCAGCCACACUCAGCCCAGCUGUGCCAAGGAGAGGCCACUGCCCCUGGGCUUGCAGGCACCAUCCUCCCCUUGGGACAGCCUUUCCAGCCAUCCCAGCAGCCCGGGUUCCUUCUGACCAUCACUUCCCCACCGUGGGAGGCAGGGAUGGCUCCUCAGGGGUGUGCUCCUCUCACUGCUGACACCUGCCCCAGGUGAUGCAGUGCCCAAAGUGCUCAGCCCUUCAUCCUAAUCACUGGCGGACUUCAGGCUGGGGUGUGCAAGGAACAAAGGAUCAGAGCUUGGGUUUAGUGUACCUUCUGUUGGAAGGGAGCAGGAAAGAUGGAAAAUGGAUGUCUUGUUCUUGUAGCUGCAGUAAUUAAAUGUGGGGAAAAGAUACUGCAUGCAACAUUUCUUACUUAAAUUUUGGGUUGUCGCUGUAAUAUACAUCAGCCCAGUCUACUCAAUGAAGUGUGUUUCUUAUGCUUUAUCCUACAGGAAGAAAGACCAAAAAAGUAGAAGUAAUAAGAAUAUCCUUGCUUUAGACUAAAGCAAGCAUGGACUCAACAACAAAGAAAGAUUUUGUUUAUAUGCAAACUGUUUAAAUAUUUGAUACCAGUAUGAAGGUAGUCAUAUUCUUAUGUAUCUAGAGAUUUGCACUCAUCUAGGUUAUGUUAAUUAAAAAUAUUUUUGCGGUAUGUAUUUGUAUUUGAAUUUGAGGGGCCAAGUCUUUAAUUUUAUAUUCUUUACGAGAAUUAGUGUGGCGAUUAUGUUCUUCCAUUUAUCGAGCUGCCUGCCCACCCAUGCUGGUUGUUCAUUUGCAUAAAGAAUAUUUCCACUACUUCGGAGGUUUUUGGGUGGUUGUUUUCGAAGGGAACCUGCCCCAGAGAGUUCCACAGGAUUGUCCAGCAUGAGUGGGAAGCUCUCUGGAGCAGCAGGUCACCCUUACCAGGACGUGGCCUGUCAUUGCAGCAGACACACGUGGAUUCAUUUCCCUGCAAUCUGCAACUGCCCUGUGGGCCUGGGGUAGCUCCAGCUGCAGUCCCUCAAAUCAAAGCUCUGACUGACCCUGUCAGUCCUUUGCUGUCACUUACUAUCACAAAGUUAACUUUUUACAACGAGGAAGAGCUUCCAAUUCUGGCACUGAUGGAAAUACUGAAUACUUUUAAUAUAUAUAUAUAUAUAUAUAUUUGGAAGUAUUUGAACAGUGUUUUGUCUUUUUUUAUACAACUUUUAGCCAAAUAGAAAAAUUCUGAUUAUUACUUCUGUGGACACCUGUCCACCUGUAAAUAAACUCAUAUAUUCAGGUACAUGAACCUGAAGAAAAAAAUAAUAAAGACUGUUCAGGGGCUAUGCGCUUUGCUAGCUCCUGGUUCCUUUGUACAUAAGAGGUAACUGUUUAAAUGUUGGGUGGGGUUUUUUUAAUUUACCUGUUGUUCCUCUAAAGAAAGAAGAAAAAAAACUUUUGACUUCGUUUUCUCUUUUCUGAGUUAAUACAAAGAUUUUCUAACUUUUUACUGCAGAAAUGGAUAAAUACCUGGUGCUAAGUGAAUGUGAGUCAAACUGGCCAUAGCAGACACACCAGUGAGAAUGCACUUUUCCUGUGGCACACAAUGUAUUUUCUCAGAAGGGACCUUCAAAGGACUGUCAGAUGUUUACAUUUCUUCUUGUUGCCCCAAAUAGUUUUGAAUAUUCAAAUAACUUCCAAAAAAAAAGUCACGGUCCAUUACUGAUGCAACAAAUCCUUACAUUUAAGUAUCUACAACAGCUUUGUACAAAUACCAUUUUAGAGAUAGUUGAAAUAUUGGGCUUUCAUACUUUGUAAUGCUUUGAUGUGACAAUAAAUAUGCUGUUGCUAUCUAGUCUAACCUAUUGUAGACCUGUAACUCCCUGUUUCUGGUUAUGUCAUGAAUUGCACUGGCUUGAAUACAGCCAAAUACUGACUGUUCAGCUGAAAUAUUCCGACUGUUAUGAUGUCCACAAAACAUGAAUUAAAUGCACUUGUAUCUGA